AAAUCGACCGGACGUUAAAUAUCUAUGGUAUGUCUCCGGAACUUUAUAUCCCAUGAUUCCUUUUUCCGUCGUCCUCUUUCCCUUUUGCAGCAAUGUCUAAGAGAGGACGUGGUGGGUCAUCUGGGGCGAAGUUUCGCAUCUCGCUGGGUCUCCCAGUGGGUGCUGUCAUCAACUGCGCUGACAACACGGGUGCCAAGAACCUGUACAUCAUCUCUGUCAAGGGCAUCAAGGGACGUCUGAACCGUCUGCCCGCUGCUGGUGUGGGUGACAUGGUCAUGGCCACCGUCAAGAAAGGCAAGCCAGAACUCAGAAAAAAAGUGCAUCCUGCGGUUGUGAUACGGCAGCGGAAGUCGUAUCGGCGAAAGGAUGGCGUGUUUCUCUACUUUGAAGACAAUGCAGGGGUCAUAGUGAAUGUGAAAGGAGAAAUGAAAGGUUCAGCCAUCACAGGACCCGUGGCCAAGGAAUGCGCAGACCUGUGGCCCAGGAUUGCUUCAAAUGCUGGCAGCAUAGCAUGAUCCUUGACCCUGGCUUGUUGUUUUCAAUAAAAACCGUUGUUAAGUC